GUAUAUUUUAUCGAUAAGUCCGAUAUCAACUGUUCAGCAUUUUUGGCGGCCAUUACAACGUGAAAUUUUGUGGAAAAGAUUUAAUGCGUAAACAAAACGGCGAGCAAAUAACACGUUCGCUUAACCAUUGAUAAAUACGAAUAACUAACAGCAUUGAAGAUGUCUACGGGAGCUGCAAGAGUCUACAUCCAAGUCGAAAGCGAGGCCGAGCAGCAGGAGCAUCUGAAGCAACAACGCAAGACACUGAAGCCGCUGCACGGCAACGUCAACGAUAAGGAGAAUCUGUCGGGACGCGCCUCCAUCGUGGAUCAACUGAGUCGCUUGAAGGCCGGCGUCCCAAUUACGCCCAGUACCAAAUACGGCAAACGCAAAUGCGUGGACACGGCAGCAGCUGCAACAUCGACUAAGGAUGCCGAUACACAAACUGAGGCUCAGGAGGAGCCGCAAAACGACGCCGACAAACCCAUCACAGCAGACGAUCUCACCAGUGAGUGUGAGCCCGGGGAGAACUAUUACAAAUUGUUGGCUGAACAACGGCGGGUUGCCUUGGAGGACUCGCUGACAGAGAACCGGCAUCUGCAUGAACGCAUCGAGGGGCUAGAGGAGGAGAUGGACACGAUGCGGCAGGAACUAGACGAGGCAAAGAAUCUGGUGGAGGUGCUCAAGGAAAUUUGUGACGAGGACACCAGCGAGGUGGAGGAGGACGAGACUGAAGCCGCUCAGAACUAAUGGCCUGCCCAUGCUGCACAUGUUUUGUUUAUUUAAAAUUAUACAAUUAGUUGUAGUUAACGAAUUCCUUCAUUUUAUAAUUUACCCAUGUAUGUUCCCUAACCCAACGGACUGGUCUCAGUGAAAGCCAGCAAUAUAUUUACCUGUUAAUUGCCAGUUAUGAUGUUCCCAAUAAAACGUAUUUCCUAAUCUGAA